UCGUCCUCGUAGUCCAUCUGAGUGUCCGAGUCCAGGUUCUCCGACGACAUUCUGUGAGUGUGACGGGACAAGCGGGUGGUCCGGUCGCCAGAAGAGCCAAAAAUACUGGUUAAAAAUUGUAAACAAUUAAGGUUAACCGCAGCCGUUUCCACCCCCACACUGCGUUUAGCUCAUCGAUUCUCAAUAAAUUUCAACAAGAUUCACUCUUUGUUCUGAUUUUUGUUCAGCGAAAACAUGGCAUGUAAGCAACAAGUGAGGACAGUUAAGGAGACUGAGGUAUUUCCCAGUCAGGUUGAGACUGAGGCGCAGUCUCUCAGUGUCAUCAAGAGUCUCCUGGCCAUUGGUCUUUCGGGCAUCAUGUACCUGCGAGGAAUUUUCCCAGAGAAAGCCUAUGGGACCAAAUAUGUUGACGAUCAUCAAGUGAUGAUCCUCAGAGAGGAGCGCAGUUGUCCCGGUGCCUGUCAGAUUGUUGAAUGGAUUGUGGGAUGUUUUGACGCCAUCCAGAUGAAAUAUCUACAGACUGUCAUUAUGUCUGUCUCCUCGGACCCUGAUGAGCCUCAGAAAGUCACAGAGUUUUAUCAAUUCAGGAUUCAGUACAACACAGAAGGGGCUCAAAUGGACUUUGAGAGCACCCAAAACAAGAGUUUUGUCACGUCGUUUGGAAGCACGAAGAAGGCCAGCAGCCUGCUGGUGAGGAAACUCUACACGCUGAUGCAGAACCUCGGCCCUCUACCCAACAAAAUCUUCCUCAACAUGACGCUGACCUACUACGAUUCAGUAACGCCGGAUGACUACCAGCCACCUGGCUUUAAGGAGGCCAUUGGCGAUAUGCUGGUAUUUGAGCGGGAGCCGGUGAGACUGACCAUGGGCGAGGUGGUCACACCCUUUCACUUGCUGAAGCUGGACAUGGCCACUGAGAGACACAGGCUGGAGCCGGUGGAGGAGAACCCUGACAAGAGAAACAGAUGGGUUCUCAAGGUAAAACGUGACGGAAGCCUGUCAGAGAAGUCCGUGAUUGAAGAUGUGGAUGACAUGCCCGAAAAGAACGACACAAACAAGGCAGCACAAGAAAUUGAGUUGAGGUGCCAUGAGAAGAUGGACACUUGUGAGAUCACCACAACGGAGGACGUCCUGGGAAAGAGGACAUCCGACAAGGAGUCAUCCAUGAUGACCACCAGGAGUGGACGCAUCAUUCAACACUCCACGCAGUGGACAAAGGGAACGAUGAACGUCCGGAAGCAACCAGCUAUGAAGAACAACAUGGUUUGUCAGUAUGACAUCCCUAACAGUCAGGAGACACCGCUGAAGAAACGCAAGUUCAGCGAGUCCAAAGACAAUCUGUGAGCCACCACACACUUGCUACUGUUUUCAGUUUGUCAGUGUUCAGCUGUGAGGGUCUUUAAAGUGACACACAAGGUAUUUAUCGUUUCAGUAGCAUGUUGUUCAUGGUUAGUUUUUUUCCCCCCAAUUCAAUUAACGUACUUUUUGAGAAUUCUUCAUUCUGGAUCCAUUUUAAAUGCUGACCAAAGAAGUUUGACUUGUGCAAAUCAGAGCCGGAAGUUCAAUAAAAGAGUUUUCACUCA